AUGGCACGACCUACCAUAGAACAAAAAUUGACCGAAGAUGCUCAUCGUUUAGACUGGUGUCUUCACAACCCAGAAGCACAGUGCAAUGUCAAACCGAGUAAGAUGACUCUCGACGACCUCGCCACCAGAUUUCCAGGAGCUUACCGAGAAUUCGUUGAUGACGUCCAAGCAGUCCACGAAUUCAUCGACGAUGACAUUCAAGCAGGCAAUGAAUUCGUCGAAACACGUUUUGAUCUACUCGGUUUUCCCUACCGUGAACAUUUCAAUUGUGUUUCCUUCAUUACUGGAGUGAAGUUGACACCGGAUUUGCACUGGUGCGGACUUAUCAGAGAAGGCGCUGUCGUGAUUGAGAUAAUCAAACGCCAGAAAAGCUGUGACGCUCCCUACAUCUCAGAGAUAACUCAAGCCGCCUACUCAUACCUUUACCACAUCAACACUCUGAAAUACGUGUUUUUUACUUACGUCUGCAACGAGCAGACGCUACUUUACUUGAAGUCCCUUCAUGAGGACUGCAACCGCAGUAAUGAACACAAAGUAUGGGAACGAGGCAACAAAAAUUACUGGGCUUUGCUCGGAACACCCCUAGGAAAGGUAGUCACAGCUCUGCUACUUGGUGCCUUUCCUCGGGGUACCCGACACGUCGCCAGAAUCAUCACAUGGCUCUCCCCUGAUGACUUUGUCUCCUCGUACUCAAUGGAGUUUGACAUUGAGGCGAUUUAA